CGCGAUUUUUCUAAACCUUCUCAUCGAAAUUCAUCAGGAAAGCAACACAAAACAAGGAGCCAAUUAUUAUUCCAGAAAGAUUCUGAAGACUUUAAGAUUCGAGUGAAAUAAUUAUUUUUCUUGUUUUUUUUUUUUGUUUUUUUUCUGUAAGAAUAUAUUUCUAACACCACGUAGUGAAACAUAUUGCAAAAUUUUGUUUUGUUUGUUUGUUUUUUACAGACAAAGCGAAGUAUCUUUUUAUUGCGUCCAGUAUUCAAAUCACUUCUCAAGAUUGAGUGACGUCAUCUUGAAUUGUUUGUCGAUUGCAAGCAGCACAAACAUCCGAGUGAUAACUGAAAUCUCUGAAUUAACAUAUAAGAUACAAAGAAGGGGGUGUUUACAUAUUUCGUUGAUGACAACAAGCGGUUGCAACAUUAGAAAGAGAGAAAAUACUCCUUUUUAAAAAAUAAAUAAUAAUCCCUCUCUAAAUAAUUAUAUUUAGUUAUAUCUAACUAACAAAUGUAUUCAAACUCAACGGAUCUUAAAUUUUCGAAUGAGACUACAAAAGUUUCCUUGCAGAAUAAAAUUGGUGCAGAAGCCUGCAACGUACUAAUGGAAUUACGUAACACGGGUCAGCUAUGUGAUGCAGUGAUCAAGGUAGACGAAGAGUCUUUCAUGAUACAUCGCGCCAUCUUAUCUGCUUGUAGUCCCUAUUUCCGAGUGUUGUUCACAAAUGAAAAAUUCGAGAUAAACCGUCAAGAAGUCACCAUAACUGACAUCACAGUCGACAUAAUGCGAUCCAUUAUUCAGUAUGCUUAUACUCAGGAUUGCUGUAUUAACCAUAACAAUGUCAAAUCUCUCCUCGUUGCGGCUGAUUACUUCAAUAUCAUAGGUUUACUAAGAAUAUGUUCUGAAUAUCUCAUAUCGCAAUUAAAUGCACACAACUGUAUUGGAAUUGAGAAAUUCGCUCAAACAUAUUUCUGUCAAGAACUUCAACAAGUUGCCCAUAGAUAUCUGAUGGUGAAUUUCAGUGAAGUCUACAAAGUUUCCAAUGAGUUCUUGCAGUUGAACGUGGAUAAUGUCUGUGAAAUAUUCGCUUCAGACGAACUCAAUGUUAGAAGUGAAGAGAUAACUUUUAAUGCCAUCGUAAGAUGGGUAGACCAUGACCCAGGCAGUCGUGUAGCACGCAUAGGCCAGUUAUUGCAGACAAUGCGGUUAGGCCUUCUAUCUACCGAAUACUUUGUCGAGAAGGUAAAAAGUCACGAAUAUAUAAAAGAUAAUACAAGUUGUAAACCGGUCGUUAUCGAAACUCUGAAAUUUCUCUGCAACCUCGACGUAGAGAAAGGGCUAAAAAUAAACCAGAAUAAUCAUAUAACACGUCCAAGGCUCCCGCACGAUAUUCUCUUUAUAUUCGGCGGCUGGAGUGGAAAUAGUACAACUAACAUAAUUGAGACUUAUGACUCACGGGCCGAUCUGUGGGUGAAAAAUACCAAUAUUAAAUCUGAUUACCGAGCGUAUCAUGGUACCUGUGUUUUGGACCAACUGAUUUACAUCAUCGGUGGCUUUGACGGUACAGAAUAUUUCAACAGCGUUCGUUGUUUUGACCCAAUCAAGCAAGUUUGGUCAGAAGCUGCUCCAAUGUAUACCAAACGGUGUUACAUCAGUGUGGUGGUGCUACAUUCCUUUAUAUAUGCCAUGGGCGGCUACGAUGGCCAAGUACGUCAGAACACGGCUGAACGCUACAACAAAAGCAAAAAUCAAUGGAGCUUCAUUCAACCGAUGCAUCACCAACGCAGUGAUGCCAGCGCUACAGUUCUCUACGAUAGCUGGGAAAAUGUCUCCGAAAUGGACACGCCGAGAAGUAAUUUUGCAAUCGAGGUUUUGGAAGGCAUGAUAUUUGCCAUAGGUGGAUUUGAUGGUUUCAACACCAUUUCCCGUGUAGAAUGUUUUGACACUGUCUCAGAGCAAUGGUACAAAACUGCCAGUCUGAACAUCAAUCGGAGUGCCCUUAGCGCAUGUGUCAUCGAGGGUCUCCCCAAUGUCAAACCGUAUAUUAGCGAGAGGAACAGGAAAGAAGGUGGUGUAGGCAGCAAUUCAAAACCAAAUUUCUUACAUCCAGAAAGCAACCGUUACUCUCUUACAUAUUAAGAAAAAGGAAAAAGAAACAAAACAAUUUGGGACUGACAUACAAAAUUCUACUGAUACAAGGAACAGCAGACAGACAAAAGUACAUUAAUGAUGAUAAUGAUAACGAUGAUGAUGACUAUGAUAAUAAUUAUAAUAAUGAUAAUAAAAAUAAUGAUAGAGAAAAAAUAA